UCAGGCAGGGAAAUCUCGGAGCAAGGUAUCACUUUUGCCACUUAAUCCCCUCCCUUGCUCCACGUGACUUCCAGUAAACAGGCAGCGACUUUCUGCUCUCGUUUCCCGGAGAUCGGAGAACCUCCCUACAGAGCCGGGGAUGCAGGCUGAUCUUACCUGCCCUCCCAACAGCACACACACACCCUCUUGAGUGGAGGACGCUGCUUGAAUAUAGCCCAACAGGAGAGCUGAUAGGCUGGUUAGGCUCUGGGCGCGGCUCUGGGCGGCUGGCGUGGAGUGGCGGCGGCGAGAGAGCGCCGCACGGAGCGGCUGAGUGGGGGGUCCUGCCGGAGACAUCCUGGCCUGGCGGUGGUGAGAGCAUCGCUGGAGGAAACAUCCUGGCCUGGCGGUGGUGAGAGCACCGCUGGAGGAGGCAUCCUGGCCUGGCGGUGGUGAGAGCAUCGCUGGAGGAGACCAGGCUGUCAUUACGGCCCGGCUGGCGGCGACGGCGGCGGCAGGAGAACGUUGUGAAGGACAGCACCUCCUGCAGACGAGGCUUGCUAUGGAGGAGGGUUUUUAAUCCCUAUUGAAAAGACUUAUACUUUUAUGUUAUCAUCGCCAUCUGGCUCCUUCGGAGGUAGCGUUUUUCGUGAGAAGGAGAGAAAUCCAGAGUUGGUGCCUACGUGCACAGAGUGCGGGACUAUGUUUGUUAUCUUGGUUUGAUUUGGAUGAGUGGAGUAUGGAGAAUGGUAAGAUUCCAGGCUCACUUGUAAAUGAGAUGAAAAAUCUUAGAGAAUGGGAAACAUUCAAAAGUAUGGAAAAAGGUGAGACUGCAGACAAACCUGUAAAUGAGGCUGAAAAGGAGCUACAAAAAUGGGAGGAGGUUGCAAAAGCCGAAAAAGAAAAGACCGAAAUGCUUCUUUUAAAACUGGCUGCUGACAAGAAGAGAUCCAGCCAUCAGGAUGAGUUGUCAAAGCUAAAGGAUCUGGAAAAUAAGGCAGUUAGGGAAAGAAUGUUACUACUGGAGAAGCAUCAGGAGGAACUUUCCGUACUAAAUGAACAAAAUAUUGAGCUGAGAAGGGAAAUUCAGUCCCUUAAGGCCAAACUUACAGCAAAUAAUGCUAAAUGCAGAGAGCUUGCACAGAGCUUUCAGCUCAAAAGCAAGAUACCUGAGAAGAAAAUGAAAUUUACACGGCUGGAGAAUGUCAAGAAAGUAGACAUGUAUAUGAACAUAUCCUGCCUUUUUCAUGUAGCUACAAAAAUCCCGUUCAAGCUGAGCCGAGGAGAAGCUCUCAUCACGUUUGAAAAAGAGCAGGUUGCCCAGGAACUGAUUAGAAAACAUUGUCAUAUUGUGAACCUGGAAAGUGAGAAGAUGGUUCUGAAAGCCAUGCCUGUUAUCCUGGAGAAGGGAGUAACAUAUGAGCUCCAGGCUAAGAUCUCUAGGAAGCAGAUUAACGUUUCUAACAUCCCACACCUAAACAUCUCUCAGGAAUGGAUGAGAGACAAGUUGGAACUGAAUUUGUACAAAACUAAACUGGGAGGAGAAAUUCAGAAUGUGACUUACAACCAAAAGUCCCAGAUGGCCCUUAUUACAUUUGGCCAGCCAAUAGCUGCUAACAAUAUUGUGAGAUGUGGACGAUGCCCUUUCCACACAAGUGAAAGCACUCAUAUUGUCAUGGUUUCCCCUAUCAUACAGAAGAAUCUGGAAAGAUUUCAGAUAUUUUCAGGGAUUUCCAGGAGGACCAUACUGCUGACAGGAAUCAAGACAGAAAAGGAGGAUGAGGAAAGCAUACAAGAUAUGAUUGUAAUCCACUUCCAGAAACCCAGAAAUGGUGGUGGUGAAGUUGAAAACAUCACAUUCGUUUCACAAGAAGACAAAGUCGCUUAUUUUGAGAAUGAUACAGAGAAUGUUAUGUGACUGACUGAGAAUGAAGUUGGACUCAGCUUUCAUUCUGCUAAGGGCUUGAUAGAAUAAUAGAUUUAUUUUGUAAUUUUUUUAAAAAAAAUAACAUUGGAUAGGUGCAUUGUUUCUUUUGCAGUUGAAAGGCCAUUUCUCACAAAUAGGAAGGCUCUGAUCUGCUCCCAGUUAAAGUUAGUCAUGAUGACAAACAGUGCAAUCAGAAACAUGCUUACUUGGAAGUAAGCCCCAUGGUAUUAAAUAGGGUUUACUGUGAAGUAAGUGUGCAUAUGACUGCUGUCCUUCAGUUUCAGUGUGAUACUUAUAACUCACUGUUACCUGGAUCAGGGUGCAGAUUGUUUCCUUCUCAUAUUAUUGCACAAGUAGUUUAGAAGACAAUUGCCUAUGAUAGUAUUCUGUAGGCUAAGUGUACUCAAGAGAGUACUUGGAGAGAAGGGAAAUACUUACCUGUUUUGCAAGCAGUUUGUGGUUUGUGUUCCUAAGUAACCUAAGUAAAAUUAGCUUUCUUCUUACAUAAGAUAACCCACAAGUUAGUGCUAUAUGUAUACAAGAACUAUAGAGAGGCAUGAGAGAACUAUGGGUGACGUUUUUAUCUGUAGAGGAGAUAAAGCACAUUCUAUGGGGCUUUUCAGUCCUUCAGAAUAUAUACUGUCCAGAAAGCCUCUGGAGUGAACUCUGAUGCAGUGUAAGGAGCUGAAGUCAGGGGAAUUUGGAGAGCCCCAGUCUACCAUGUGGAAGCUCUUGAAUGCAUGGGCAGAACCAGAAAGCUUCUAAUUAGCCAUAGUUUCUUUUUUUUAUCCAAACUAGGAAACCAUACUCACCAGCUUAGGAACAAGCCAUGGUAUUAAAUCACCCUCAAACCAUAGUUUUAAUAUAUUGGCUUGUUUUGAAGCUGGUAACCAUAGAAGGUGCUUGAAAUCUCUUUGUAUGCAAUGUGUUUGGAAGCUCAUGUUAUCCAGUCUAGAACUUACACUAAAUUUAUGUUAGGUACAGUCUUAACCCUCUUCAGUUUCCUAAUUCUAGCAGUUGCUAACUCAGAUCUUCUUUCUCCAAUGUGCUGUGAACAAUGCAGUUUUUUGGUAAUGCAACGCCUCCCACUGUAAUUUCCUUGUGAGUCUCUAGAAUUUGAUUCUUCUACCUGGACGCUUCGAAUCAUACUACUAUCACUUUUGAUUACAUCUUCAGCAAGAAGUUUUUUAUAAGAUGAUUUGCAUAUUUAAUUAUGUAUAGCAGUGGUAGACAAUGUGGUGUCUUUCAGAUGUUAUUGGACUACAACUCUCAUAAUCCCUGGCAAUUGACCAUGUCGACUAGGUUUGAUGGGAGUUGUAGUCCAUCUGGAGAGCAGCAUGUUGGCUACUCCUGAUGUAUAGUGAUGUUUUUACUUGCCAUGUCAGUCAUUCUAGGCUCACUGUUUGACUAAAAAGCACCCUCCCUGCAUAAGGCUUUGCUGAAGAAGAAGCCAUCUUUUAUAUGACUUCACUAUCCAAUUCCUCGUGAAUAAAUGUAAGAGCAGUUGUUGCUAAUGAAUUCAUUGGGUUAAUAAUAAUAAUAAUAAUAAAUUUAAUUUCUUCAUCGCCUAUCUGGCCAAUGGCCACUCUAGGCGACUUACAAAAUUGUUAAAAUACAAUUGAUAAAAUACAGUAGUACAAUAUAAAAACUGUUGGUCAGUGACGCAGGUUGUGAGACUCACAGACAAGGUUUUUAGCAGAGAGAGAGAAACCUGAAGCAGAAGGGUUAAGCUGUGAGAACAGAGUUCCAGACAAUCAAGGUCAGAGUGGCUGGCUGAGAGUGUGAUAAGCUGGGAACUGGCAGGAACUCAGAGUGUGGGGGAAGAAAUGUCAAUGGAGGAAGAUGUCUCUAAUGUCUUUGCCUAGUAAAGACUCUUACAUGAAACUUGCCUGGCCUGUCUUAUUCCUGUUCUAAACGGCUUUUGGAUUCAAACCACGUCUCACCUACACACGCAAUAGACAACAGGGGUUAUGGGCCCAGAU